UCUGAUACAACCCCCGCAUCCCCCACCCCCACUGCCCCACUGAUCUGGCAGGCAGUGCCCACUGCAUUUUAUGCCAGGGGGCUCACGUCCAAGGAGUGAGCUUGUAUGUAGUUAUCGAAUGAUGGCCAAGGGAGGAACCUGAGAAUUGACUUGAUCUAACCUCUUAAUUAUAAAGUGAGGAUACUGAAGCCCAGAGAAGGGAGGGGACUUGUCCAAGGUCACACAGCAAACUUGUGGGUUUUUGGCUAGUCUUAGCCCAGGAACUUUCCAACCCUCCGUGUUGCUUUCCAUUCCUGCCGCCCCAACCUCCCCUCCCCACGGCCAUCCCCAUGCCAUCAGAGCUGAACAGAGGGGAUCUGGGGAGAAGGAUCAGAGACUCAAUAAGCCUAAGGCUGUAGAUCCUUCAAUCUGGGACCCCUUUCAAAAGAGAGGAAGCUACAGAUAUUCCUGGAGAUGGGGAUUCCUAGCCAUACCAAGCACUGAGGUAGGUUGUGGGCUUUUCUUGAUUCCUGCUGGUGAGGCAUUGAAGCUGCUGCAGGCCAGACUCCCAGACUUUCUUCUGAGGAAGUGCCUGCCUUCAGCUGCUGCCUGGCACCUCACAUCAUCUCUCUCUAGCUGAUGUUGGGGCUUGAGCUGGCUCAGCUCCAUUUUCCUUCAUCCUACCCAGUUUCUGAUGCAUUUUGCCUCCAGCUGGCCUGACAGUUCCUUACUUCGUGGGUUCCUGUUGGGUAGAGAAACUCCUGGGGCUUGUCUGAUUUUAGAAGAGUGUGUAGUUACCCUUAAACCCUUUCUAAUCAAACAUUCCAGGAGUCUCGGGUAAACCAUAAAGAUAAUUGUUCCCAUUUUACAGAUGGGAAGACUGCAAUUCAGAGAGAGGACUCCCAUUUGGUUGCUUUUUCUUUUAAUCUGCGAAGAUCAGUAGAAGAGGUUCUUGGAGUGAGGGGAUGAAGAGAGCAAAUGACAGCAGCAGCUUUUGUCUAGAGGGUCUUCAACAGACCCCUUCCAGUGUCUUACCAUCCCCAUGGUCAGGAAACCUUUCCAGAGUCUGGUUUCAUUCCCACUUGGUGGAUUCAAAGCUUUGUCUCUCAGUGGGGUUUGGAAGAACAGCUGCGUACCCUCCACUAUACAAGCAUUAUGUCUCGAUUCUCUCUUUACCCACCCCGCCCCCUCCCGUCUGAAGGCUGCUGGCUCAGCGGGCCUCCUGCCGUCUGGGGAGUCUGGGUUUGAGCUGGGGUGAGGCGGUGGCACAAUCGUUAUGGUAACGAGCUGCCAGCUCAUCGUUGCUAAUAACUUGUCAAGUCCCUAGGCUUAAAUGCAGCUUGCCUUCCCACCAGCCCUUCUCCCCAUGUCACAGAAAGAAAAAGUGAGGCUGUGAGGGAGGGGCCUGUGAAUAAAGGAGUCUGGGGAGGUGGGUAGCCUUGUCCUUGGGGUUGUAACUGAAGAGCUCGGGGAGGUCACUUGGGGGCUGGCUUACGCAUAUGAUUACAUAAGUUUGCCUAUGAUUGCAUGGACUGUUACAUGUGAAUACACUCGGAACAUACUUGUAUAAAUCUGUACAUGCUACAUGAUAUGUUCAUGUGCUUUUACACAGCAUCCCAUAUGCAAACAUGCCUCCAAGCAUAAGAACAUGCUUGUGCAUGAAUACUGCCUCUACCAUCUGCACAUAAGGCACCCAAGAAAUCUGGGUUUGUGGGGGUGUCCAGGUAUGUGGGUGGGGAUCUGAUCUUUUUCUGAUGCGGCUUCAAAGUGUCUUGUUAACAAAGGGACAGAAUGGUCCCAGAGUUCCUUCUUCCUUCCAGUGAGGAGCUUGGAAUGAGAGAGGGCUGGGGAUGGUGUGGGGGCCCCAAGCUCCCAGCUCCCGAAGGCCCCUGCCUCUAUGCCCUUUAAGCUCAGGUAUCCCCUGCCCCCCUCACUCUCUAUUCUUUCUCAUCCUCUCCUCUUCCUGUGUGUAAAUAUUAAAGAGCUGAGCCUGCAGGGCUGAUGUAGACAUGGGGAGAGAACAAAAUUAAAAAGGAUUCCCUCGCCCCCAUCCCGACACCCCCACCCCGCAGUACCCCGCUCUUGCCUCCUCCCCUCUCUUUUCUCCCCUCCCCUCACUCAGUGCUUCCACAUGUCUCUCCUCCCCCCAGUCCAGAUGGGAGCUGGCUCCUUCAGCAAGGGGGCUCCGAGCAGGGUGUGGGGAGCUACCUCUCUCUGCCUCCCCCCACCACAUCUGCCUACAGGGCUGGGAGCCCCCACGUGAGUAUUUCUUUUAUUUUUGGGAUGGUGGUUAAGAAAGAAAGUGGUUUUUAGAACCAGCUGUGAGUGGCGUUGAGAGGCUCAGGGCUGAAUGGAGGUGGGUGGGGUCUUCUCUCUAGGCUCCUUCAGGGAAGCCUCAUGUCUCGGUUUCUUUUCUCUCUUUGGACAUAGAGGGAAAGGAGGGGACCAGGUGCCCUCGGUGAAUUGGAGCGAGUGUGGGAGGGGCAGGGGCGAGGGGCUUCUGCUCUGAAGAAGGUGUGUGGUGGGGUAAGCCUGUUCCUUUCUGGCAGGCUGAGUUUCGGGCAACCGGGCCCAGAGAGUCGCUGGGAGCUGUCCCGAGUGCUGAACGGGACUCGUGUGGUUUUGCUCCUUUGGAACUGUCCUGGGUCCUGAAAGGGGCUGCGUUGGGGCCCGAUCAUGGAAAGGCCGCUGGGGAGUGCUGAGGGCUCACUAGAAAAAUCCUCCCAGAUGACCCACUUUCCAAGGACAGAGUCCCUGGAUGGAAAGAUAGAUUUGGGAGUCCUCCCUCUGGCUUUAGGCCUCAUAGUUAUUAGUGGUAUUUGGGAAAGGAGCUCCUCUUUCCCUGUUUCAGUUCCCCCUCCCCUUUCCAAAACUACCCUACUGUUAGUGUAGGGGUAGGGAUGGAGAAUGAUGUUGUGGAUGUGAGCUCUCUUCUUAAAGAUAGUUUUUAGUGUAACAAGCUUAUGGGUACUGGCACCAGCCUUUCUCCUACUGGAUCCCAGAAGUUCAGGCUCAAGGCAGUGCUGGAUUAGGAGAGCUAGGUUUUUCUGGUUAGGUCUGGGGUGGAUAGAGCUCAGAAGUUCAGGAUAAUUUGAUUGACCACAUGUCAUCCCCCUGCCCACCACACUUUGGAAUAUAGGACAGAGGAUAGUGAAAUGUUUUGCAGGCCUGUUUCAUUCUCUGCCUACUCCAGCCACAGCUCAGAGCAGCAUUUUGGAGAGACUUUUGUUAGGGAGGAAGAUUUCCAAGCAAAGGAUUUAAGGAGUGUAUGUGUGGGGUUGUUCAAUGCCAUGAGCAGAGAAGGAAAAGGCUACUGGAGAUGGGACAGUGGGGAAAGAGGAAGAUCAGGGGAAGAAAAAAUAUUUAAAUUGGGGGAUAGGGUCUGGGUUUCAAUCCUCAACUCCCUUGGAAACCUUUUCCCCACUAACCUAGGGUCAGGGUCAUCUCAAUUUUCUGGGUUCUUAUGCUCUGUCUUUGUAACUCUGAAGGGAAUAGGGCAAGGAGUUAUUUCUCCAGGUCUCUUCCCUUGUCAUCCCAGGGAGAUGAGAGCCAAAUGUCAGGACAUGCAGAUGAGACUGUGGGGGAACAACAGGCAGGAGGGGUUGAUGGCAGCUUCACCUCCCCAUCCCCAAGAGCACAAUCAAAUAUUCAAAUGGAAUCCUUCUUGAGGGGAGAGGAAGGAGAGGGUUUCCAGAUGAUGCUGGGCAAAAAUUGGGUGUGGCAGAGAGUUCAAGAAAAGGGGGAGGUAUCUAGGGACCCCAAACUGAACCAGUUCAUCUCUUCCCAGAUGUGAUUUCCAGGUAAUAAGGAGCCCCUCACCCAUCAUGUUUUUGAUGUAACUCAUCAAGAUGAUUCCUCCCUUCUCUAGCUGCUUGGAAGGAGCUGAGUUUUCCUAUGCUGUGGGUGCUGGGAGGUGGUGGGUGUGGGUGUGGGUGCCUGUUUGGGGAGGGGAGGUGUUUGUGCUCCACUCAGCUCCCUUGGUUACAUAACAGCUUUGAUAAGACUUUACUUUGGAGCUGCUGCUACUGCCUGAAGCAAUCACCCCUCCACCCCCACACGGAAUGCUGGAUGUCCACCCCCUUCUCCCUGGCCCCUUCGAGAGUCCUGCCAUUCAUGGUCCAGUGUUCCAGCAGCUGCUUUCCUGCUAUGAAGUGUCUUCAGCUUGCCUCCCUGCUCCCUACUCAGCUCUUGCAUUUAAAUACUUGCUUUUUUUGUUAUCUUGAGCCUAGGUCACCCUAUUUACAUUUUUAAGCCUCCAGGUCUAUGCUUCCUUGGCAGGGCCCUGGGGCUGCGAUGAGAGGGGUUCACUGAACAUCAUGAAGCUGCUUUCUAGGGAAAAAGAGUGGCAUCCUCCGAGGUUUUAGGGCCCAGAGAUAAUUUUCUGACUCUUCCUUCCUCUGCCCCAAUAACUGUUUUGGAGUCUGAGAUCAGUGGACCAUAGUCAGAGGUACUGGGAGGAAGAACUCUGGCCUUGACAUUUUCUCUUCAUUUCCCCUUUUAGAAUUAAAGAGUUAUAUAUAUAUAUAUGGGUUUGGGGGUGGGGGCUGCCUCUUGGGUGGGAAAAGGUGCAUCUACUCCCUGAGGUGCACCUACUUCAUUGUUACCCGCCCCCCGCAGUUGUCUGAGGAAAUAUUGGUUAUUCCACGCAUGGGACAAGGGGAUAACAGAGCCCUUUAUUAAAAGGACUGUUUUUUUUCUUUUUCUGAGGAGGGGUGGGAAUGGAGUGAGUCCAGGAGUGGGGCAUAUCCUAUUGAGGAUAGGGAUAACUUUCCACGUGGCGAAGUGGGAGAUUGGCAAGACGAAAGAGCAAAUGCAAACUUGUGAUGUCACUUGGAGAGAAUAUGGACUCCUGGCUUUGUGCACAGGGUAGAAGCCAGAGGAGGGGCUGGAUAUCUCUGUGAUUCCAGUGCACAUGCAUGUGUACUUCUGCCUAGGAGUGGGCAUAUGACUAUGUAUGUACUGUGUACAUGCAUGUGUGUGAGUAUGCUGUGUGAAUGUGUACAAGCACACUUAUGAGUUUGUGUAUAAGUGUGGACACAUAUAUACAUGUGUAUAUAUGUGUAUGACUCUAUGUGUGCAUCCAUGUAUAUAUGUGACUUGAAGGUAAUUACUUAAAUCUGUGUGUGUGUAUGUGUGGAGUACUCACUCAAUGAUGCAUAGAUGUGUGUGAGUAUGCAUGUGAGCUUGUAUUUGGGGCACAUAUAUGCACACAUGACUUAACAACAUACAAAUAUAUGUACAUAAGUUGAGUCAUACAUGUGAAUAAAUGUGACAGAGAGAAAAAAUGAGAGAGCGAGCGUGAGAGAGGGAGGUUCUGACUAAACAUUGGGACUGUCCAAAAGUUGUUUUCCCACAAACUUGAACUUGAUCCAUCCUGAUGCCUGUGACUCUUCUCCAUAAAGUAGGCUCCUUGAGAUCUCUCAAAUUCUCAUGUCACAGGGACCCAGUUGUUCCUUGCCACCAUCCAUAUGAUGGGAGUUUGCAGAGGAGAAACCUGUGCAGGCCUUUGGGACAGCUGAGUAAGGAACUGAACCCAAAGCUGAUCAGAUGUUAUGGUUCUUAAGGGUGUAAUGUGGGGGAAGAGUAUGGGAACUUGAACGUUAAUAUUAUCCCAGAAAUUUCAAGAAUCAAGCAGAACAAGUUGGGCUUAGUGGGUGAAAGGGGCAGGGAUAUUAUGGAAGUCCAAAUGUGUGCAUAACCCUCACACAUACAGGGUAUGUGGCAAUAUGUAUGUACAUGUGCAUGUGUACAUUACUUGUCUGUGCCUUAAUGUACAUAUCUCAACAUAAAUAUGCUUUCUAACAUGUACAUACAUGAACAAAUCUACAGGGUUGUAUAUACCAACAUAGGGAUUUGUCAACAUGUACACACAUGCUAACACACAGAUCCAUAUGAUCAGAGUAUGCAAAAAUAUGUGGGCACAUGCUAACAUUGGCCUGUUUGCAACUCGUGACCACUUACAGCUGCACCUCACUCACCCAGGUUAACAACAGCCAGCAAAUAGUCCCUUUGCCAUCACAUGUGCUUCACCCAAUGCACCAAUUCAUUCAACCAAUGUUUAUUUUAUGCCUGUGAUGUGCCACAUACUGUGCUAGAUACUGUGGAUGGUCCUUGCCCUCAGGUAACUUACAAUCUAGAGAAGGUAAAAGCCCUGGAACCAAGUGAGGAGAGUGUUAAGGAAGGUAGGAAGACAUACGUGUUCACUGGGGGCAGUGGGGACCUAUGGAGGGCUUGGUCAUUUCUGGAGUGGGGAAGGGAGGGGUUUGGUAAAGGAUUCAUAGGAGAGCAGACCUUUGAGCUGAGGCUGGAAGGUUGAACAGGUGGUCACCAGGUGGGCAGCUGUAGGAAACAGGAAAUGUCCCCACUGGUCUCCCUACUUCCACCUUUGCCAGGCCCCACACCAUAGAUUCUCCCCCAGAAGCAGCCAGACAAGGAUGAGGUCGUGCUUUGCCAGUGGCUUUCCAUCUCACUCAGAGUUAAAUCCACAGUGCUUCCUGGGGCCUGAGUGACAAAUUCUGUGUGUACAAUAGCCUCCAGUGACCUCCGUGGUGUCAGGUGCCCCCUCUACAAGGGCUUCCUUUCAGUUUCACAGAGAUGCUGAGCGCAGUCUCACCUCCAGGCUGUGGUACUAGGUUUUCCUUCACCCUGAAAUGCUCUUCCCCCAGACACCCACGUGACUCGCUCCCUCACUUUAUCCAAGUCUUUGCUCAAAAGUCACUUCUUUGGAGAGGCCUCCCCCACAGUCUGUCUUAAAUAGCCCCUUGUCAUCCUAGCCCCUCACCCACUUUUUAAAGAAAAUUUCAGCACUUACCACCUCCACUCUUUCAUGUCAUUGUUUAUCUUCUAUCUUUUCCCACUAGAAUGUAAAUUUCAUGAGAACGGGAGCUUCAUCUGUCUGGUUCACUGUUGCCCCCACUGUGUCCAGAGGGGUGCUUAGCUCAGAGUAGGCCCUCAACGCGUGUUGGUGAAUAGACAAUUUUCGAUAGAUCGCACUGGCAGCCAGUGAGGAGAAUGGAUUGAGCUGGACCAAGAUGCGAGGCAGGGAGACCAGUUAGCAACCCGCUGUAAUAGCUUUGGUGAGGACUUAGGAUGAGGGCAGCCCUGGCAGUGGAGGUGGAGAAAAGGAGAUGCAAUGUGCAAACACAUGCAUGCAUGCAAACACACAAGCACACGUGUGCACGUAUAUAUUUUAGCCAGUCGGAUCUACUAUCUUAGUCAGUAGGGGAAGGCUAAGGAAGAAAGUAAAAGUAUCUUUAUGUGUAUAUGUGGUAUGUAUGUCAUGAAUGCCCCAUGACAAGCUGGAUACCCUGGCUGCCAUUCUCCCUUCGUUUUGGAUCUUGCCACCACCACCCCACAUACGCCAGGCUGCAGAGGGCUACCAAGCAGGGGUCCCUCUGGUUCCAUUUAGCCAGUGAUACAGGACUCCUGCCUUAGGGAACAGGGAUAGGGAGCAGAGUCCUGAACAGGGGGAAGGCUUUUAGGCAGUGAGAGCCACAGAGACUUAGAGACACACACAGGGAGGCAUGUAGACCCUGGGAGGAGGGCUCAGAGCCGUGAGCUUGGGCCUGACCCAGACUUCCUGAGGCCAGAUGUGGUGGGAGGCAGGGCAGCAUCCUCAGACAGCAUCUAGCCCCCACCUUUGCCCCUCCUCUCUCCUGUGGGGUGGUACCUUGGCCAAAUAUGGGCUUAGGAGUGAGUGGUCCCCCCAGGCGGUGAUGUGAAUUCAGGUAUGGGGGACACCCAGGGAAAGGGGACCCAAUAUCUAGAGGACAGGCUGGGGGUUUGGUGGUAGGGGAGGAAUCUCUCUGAGACUCGCAACUUUGGCUGUUUUCCCCUCUGAAGAGAGCAUGGAGACUUGAGCUUGUGUUGCCGAAUGAGGAACUGAGGUUAGACCUCAGGCAGGACCAGUCAGCUGCUAGGGUGAAGGGACUGAGACUUAGUACUCUGUGGGGAAAUCUGGGAGGGGUGCUGGUGAGAAAAGGGGGAGGAAGUGGGAGUUGUGGGUCAGUCCCGCCAGGAUGCCAGUCUCUGACCUCUGUUAGGUGUGGUGGGGGCAUUAAAGCCUGAAAUCCUCUUUGAGAGUUCCUCCCCCAGACAUCCAAGCCUGCGCCAGGGUUGCCUCCUUCCCGAGGCCGGUGUUAGAGCCCCUUGUAGUUUCUGGGGUGUAUGGGGGCCUUCUGCCAAUCUCCUCGCUCAUCCGGACUAGGGGCGGGGGCGCUGCAGCCGAUCCCCUCCCACCUGGGCUCUGAGCAUGGGGGUUGGGCCGAAACAGCCGCCAGAGCCGCCCACCUGCCCGCGGUGUCAUGGCAACGACUCUGCCCACGUGGACGAUGAGGAAAGGGAGGAGAAGAGAGGAGAGGAGACAUCACGACCGACGAGCCAGUGGUCCUGAGCCUUCUGAAGUUAGUAUUCUGCCUGGCAGUGGGGAUCCUGACACCGAGGAUGGGACACCCAGGAUGGAGGUUCCUGGGGCCUGGCCCCCAACACUAUGAAGAGCCCUUGCUGAGGCCAUGAGGGGUUACCAUGGCGACCGAGGCAGCCAUCCCCGCCCAGCCCGCUUUGCUGACCAGCAGCAUAUGGAUGUGGGCCCAGCUGCCAGGGCCCCGUACCUGCUGGGCUCCGGGGAGGCCUUCUCCACCGAGCCCCGCUUCUGUGCCCCGAGAGCAGGCCUGGGACACCUUUCUCCCGAAGGGCCCCUGAGCCUGAGUGAGGGGCCAUCAGUAGGCCCCGAGGGAGGGCCAGGGGGGGCCGGAGUUGGGGGGGGUAGCAGCACCUUCCCCAGGAUGUACCCUGGCCAGGGCCCUUUUGACACCUGUGAAGACUGUGUGGGCCACCCACAGGGCAAGGGUGCCCCCCGCCUGCCUCCUACACUCCUGGACCAGUUUGAAAAGCAGUUGCCAGUUCAACAGGAUGGCUUCCACACGCUACCAUACCAGCGAGGUCCAGCAGGGGCCGGGCCAGGACCAGGGCCGGGGUCUGGCACUGCCCCGGAGGCCCGCAGUGAGAGCCCCAGCCGCAUCCGGCACCUGGUUCACUCUGUGCAGAAGCUCUUUGCCAAGUCCCACUCUCUGGAGGCCCCAGGGAAGAGGGACUAUAAUGGGCCCAAGGCCGAGGGAAGAGGUGGCUCUGGGGGAGACAGCUUCCCUGGCCCGGGCUCUGGAGGCCCUCACACCUCCCACCACCACCAUCACCACCACCACCACCACCACCACCAGUCCCGGCACGGCAAGAGGAGCAAGAGCAAGGACCGCAAGGGGGACGGGCGGCACCAGGCCAAGGCCGCGGGCUGGUGGAGCUCCGACGACAACUUGGACAGUGAUAGCGGCUUCCUGGCGGGUGGCCGGCCCCCGGGGGAGCCUGGUGGUCCCUUCUGCCUGGAGGCUCCAGAUGGGUCCUACCGGGACUUGAGCUUCAAGGGGCGCUCGGGCGGGUCAGAAGGCCGCUGUCUUGCCUGCACUGGCAUGUCCAUGUCACUGGAUGGACAAUCAGUCAAGCGAAGUGCCUGGCAUACCAUGAUGGUCAGCCAAGGCCGGGAUGGAUACCCAGGGGCUGGGCCAGGCAAGGGGCUCCUGGGUCCAGAGACCAAGACCAAAGCCAGGACUUAUCAUUAUCUGCAGGUGCCGCAAGAUGACUGGGGGGGUUACCCCACUGGGGGCAAGGAUGGGGAGAUCCCCUGCCGCAGGAUGCGCAGCGGCAGCUACAUCAAAGCCAUGGGGGACGAGGAGAGCGGAGACUCAGAUGGCAGCCCCAAGACAUCUCCCAAAGCUGUCGCCCGGCGCUUCACCUCCCGCCGCUCCUCCAGCGUGGACCAGGCCCGGAUCAACUGCUGUGUCCCACCCCGGAUCCACCCACGGAGCUCCAUUCCUGGCUACACCCGUUCCCUCACUACCGGACAGCUCAGCGAGGAGCUGAACCAGCAGCUGGAGGCCGUGUGCGGGUCCGUGUUUGGGGAGCUUGAGUCCCAGGCUGUGGACGCCCUGGACCUGCCCGGCUGUUUCCGCAUGCGGAGCCACAGCUACCUCCGGGCCAUCCAGGCCGGCUGCUCUCAAGACGACGACUGCCUGCCCCUCCUUGCUGCCCCUGCCUCUGUCUCAGGGAGGCCCGGCUCCUCCUUCAACUUCAGAAAGGCCCCGCCCCCCAUCCCUCCGGGAAGCCAGGCCCCGCCCCGCAUCUCCAUCACCGCCCAGAGCAGCACCGACUCCGCCCACGAGAGCUUCACCGCGGCCGAGGGCCCCGCCCGGCGCUGCAGCUCCGCCGACGGGCUGGACGGCCCCGCCAUGGGCGCGCGCACCCUGGAGUUGGCGCCGGUGCCCCCCCGGGCCAGCCCCAAGCCCCCCACACUCAUCAUCAAGACCAUUCCUGGCAGGGAGGAGCUGCGGAGCCUGGCGCGGCAGCGGAAGUGGCGGCCGUCCAUUGGGGUGCAGGUGGAGACUAUCUCGGACUCGGACACGGAGAACAGGAGUCGAAGAGAGUUCCACUCCAUCGGCGUACAGGUGGAAGAGGACAAGAGGCGGGCGAGGUUCAAGCGCUCCAACAGUGUGACAGCCGGCGUGCAGGCAGACCUGGAGCUGGAGGGCCUGGCCGGUCUGGCCACAGUGGCCACAGAAGACAAGGCUCUGCAGUUUGGACGCUCUUUCCAGAGGCACGCCUCUGAGCCCCAGCCCGGGCCCCGGGCCCCCACCUACUCAGUCUUCCGCACGGUCCACACGCAAGGCCAGUGGGCCUACCGCGAGGGCUACCCACUGCCGUAUGAGCCGCCGGCCACCGAUGGGUCGCCCGGCCCUGCCCCGGCCUCCACCCCCGGCCCUGGGGCCGGCCGCCGUGACUCCUGGAUGGAGCGGGGCUCACGUAGCCUCCCCGACUCAGGCCGCACGUCCCCCUGCCCACGGGACGGCGAGUGGUUCAUCAAGAUGCUAAGGGCGGAGGUGGAGAAGCUGGAGCACUGGUGCCAGCAGAUGGAGCGCGAGGCGGAGGACUAUGAGCUGCCCGAGGAGAUCCUGGAGAAGAUCCGCAGUGCCGUGGGCAGCACACAACUUCUCCUGUCCCAGAAGGUUCAGCAGUUUUUCCGGCUGUGUCAGCAAAGCAUGGACCCCACUGCGUUCCCUGUGCCCACCUUCCAGGACCUGGCGGGUUUCUGGGACCUCCUGCAGCUCUCUAUCGAGGAUGUGACCCUCAAGUUCCUGGAGCUACAGCAACUCAAGGCCAACAGCUGGAAACUCCUGGAACCUAAGGAGGAGAAGAAGGUCCCUCCGCCGAUACCAAAGAAGCCGUCGCGGGGCCGGGGCGUGCCGGUGAAGGAGCGCUCCCUGGACUCGGUGGACCGGCAGCGGCAGGAAGCGCGCAAGCGGCUCCUGGCGGCCAAGCGCGCCGCCUCCUUCCGCCACAGCUCGGCCACCGAGAGCGCCGACAGCAUCGAGAUCUACAUCCCCGAGGCCCAGACCAGGCUGUGACCGGCCCGGCCCGCCCAGCCCGGGCCCGCGGUUUUCUACCCGUACUGUACACCCAGCGUCGAGGUCACUGUGAUCGCGGGCCGCCCCGUGCGCCCGCCCCGCCGGCACCGCACGCCCCGGCCCCUCCUGCCCAUCACACUCUCGUGGGUUUUUUACCUUCCGGACCCCACGCGAAGGCGCCCGGGCUGGGCUGGGGGCCGUGCCUCUCCGCCCUGCGCCCCCAGCUGGACUCCCCUCCCUCCUGGUCCGACGCUUCGUCCCCACCUCCUCCCCAUGGGCACCAUCUCUACCAUUACUUCCCCCCACGGGCCAGGCCGGGCCGGGUCCCCCAUCUGGGCUCUGCGUCCCCCCCACCCCGCGGGGCUGGGCUUCGUGGGGAAUCAAGCUUCGUGGCUUUUUAUGAAGAAUCCCGAACCCCGCCUAGGAGCCCGCUCCACCCUCAGCCCUCAGCCCACCGGGCCCAGGGACCACAGUGGCUGGACCAACCCAGGACCAGGGCGCCUGGGCCUCUCCCCUCUCCCAGCUGCUGGGGAGGGGAGAUGGGGGCUUCCCCUCACCACACCUGUGGCUGUUCCCACACCCCCUUGAGUAUCCCAGGAAAAAUAAAACGGCAGAACUGCACUCGA